AUGAGGUUCACAUUCCAAGAGUGGUCUCCCUGUAGUUCAUCUUCUUCUGGAGCGUUGGAGCUUCAAAGAUAUGCUUCGGCCGCGUCGUCCUCAUUCUGCCACUCCGGCUUCCACCACUUGGAGACUGACCAUGGCAUGGGUGUGCUGGUAAACAACAUGCAUGAUAAGGCAGACGCAGCCUAUAAAAGCAGAGCAAAUGAGAGGAGACCACACUUGAAAUGUGACCCUCAUAACCUCAUUGGAAGCUCAAGACGAAGAAGCGUCGUUCAAGGCGCAGAGGUUCCUUCUCCCAAUAUGGAGAAGUUCGAGACGGACGAAAUGGGGCGCCUUCAGGCAUGAGAAUCAAGUAUCAGAAGCAAGGGCUCUCUCAGAGAUUAUUGACAUACUAACACAAAUAAACAUUUUUGAAG